GCGUGCUUGUACAUGUGUCAGGAUUGAACAAUCUCUCUUUCUCCUUCCUAAACAAAACCCUUUCCAUAUUGAGAUUGACCUCCAUUGAAGAAUCCACAACUUCUCUUUCAUAAAAAUGGCGGAGCUUGGCACACAAUCUCAGCUCAUCCCGAACCUCCCAGAUGACAUAGCCUUACAGUGUCUAGCUAGAGUCCCACGUUCCCAUUACCCCAUUCUCUCCCUCGUUUCCAAAUCUUGGCGUUGCACCGUAAACUCUACUGCACUCUAUACCACCCGAUCAAUUCUCCGUACUACCGAAACUUUCCUCUACUUCAAUAUCCGGGUAAACUCCACUUUCCACUGGUACAUUCUCUCCCACAACCCUAUUUUCACAAACCCAGAGAAACCCAGAAAGCUUUUUCCCCUUUCUUCAAUACCCACUAAGCCGAUUGGACCGGCAUUUGCAGUUUUGGGCUCAAAAAUCUAUGUGAUUGGUGGGUCUAUUGGUGAAAUUCCUUCGAAUAAUGUAUGGGUUUUUGAUUGUAGGUUUAAUUGUUGGGAAAUGGGUCCAAGAAUGAGAAUUGGUAGAGAGUUUGCAGCAGCUGGUGUUGUGAAUGGGAGGAUUUAUGUAAUGGGUGGGUGUGUUGUUGAUAAUUGGGCGAGGUCGAUGAAUUGGGCUGAGGUUUUUGAUCCGACGACGGGGUUGUGGACUGCGCUGCCGAGUCCGAUUGAAGUUAGGGAUAAAUGGAUGCAUGCUAGUGCAGUUGUGGGUGAUAAAAUGUAUGCAAUGGCGGAUAGGGGAGGUGUGGUGUAUGAUGUUGGGGGAUGUGAAUGGGGGAGUGUGUCGAAAAGGCUUGAUUUGGGUUGGAGGGGACGAGCUGCGGUGGUGGGAGGGGUGUUGUAUUGUUAUGAUUAUUUGGGUAAGAUUAGAGGAUAUGAUGUGAAGGAAGAUGUGUGGAAGGAAUUGAAAGGGGUGGAUAAGGGGUUGCAUAAGUUUCUGUGCGGUGCCACGAUGGUGAAUUUUCAUGACAGGUUGUGUGUUGUGUGGGAAGGCAAGGGGAGAGGAAAGGAGGUUGACAUUUUGUGUGCGGAGAUCCAAGUUUGGAAGGAUGAAGAUGGAGGGUUGAGUGGGAACAUUUUGUGGUCGGAUAUGAUUCUUGUUGUUCCUAAUGGUGCCUCAAUUGUGCAUUGCUUGGCAGUUAGCUUGUGAUGAUUAUUACAAACAAGAUUUUCCAUUAGAAGUUUGGCUUAAAGUGAUGGUAGCAUCAGUGGUUCUGGACAAGAGAUAGAUAUGUUAGUUGUAAAUUUGGCAUUAAUUUGAAUCUUGUUAAUCAAGCAUGUAUGGCAACUUCAUUUUAUAAGAAAUUUUAAUGACUUGGAGGUGGAAGCAUUAGUGUUUUGCUCAAAAUUUGCAGCGUGUGGUACUAGACGACAACGGGAGAGACUCUCAAAUCUGUAAACUUUUCUGUCCGUAGUUGUUACAAAAAAAAUUUGAAGCAAGUAGGAAGAUGGGAGGAAAGAAUGGCCAUAGAAAAUUUUUGUUACCUUCAAAAUAAAAAAAGAAUGACCAUGAAAAAUGAUUUGGAAGGCAGUGGUUUGGAAAACUGUGGGAAAGUUUUUCAACAUUUUUGGGAGAAACUUUUAAACUCUUGGUUUUUGAAAAUGAAGAUAUGUUUGGAUAAACAAAUCUUGCAAAAAUCUUUUGGAUGGAGAUGCUCGCUUGAUAUCACCCUUUUAAAGAUAUAGAACACAAUUUUUUACCCCAAUAUUUUUAAGAACUAUCGAUUAUUCUCAAUAUUUUCUAUAUUCAUCUUAGAAUUAUUAAAAUACACAACUAUGGAGUAGGAUAAACAAAAACUGCAAUUAUAAUGAUUUGAGAAAAGCAAAAAACCAAUCAAUUCUGUGAUGGAUACACAUGGUUAGCUAUAAUAUACACAUGGUGAUUAUGGCUAUGAAGGAACAAGAAAAAUAAAGGAAUGAAUGCACAUGGUGAUUCAAGCUUAGAGAAACAAACUAGGAAACAAUCACAACUUUGGAGAAACCAACCACUUUUCAGUUUGGACCUCCAAGCAUAUACCUCACUAGCUUAGAGAACUUGACGAAAACCUUAUGGCAAACAGAAAAUGAUGCAGCAGUUCUUCAUUAAAGUACUUUAAGUGACAUAAUAAUGAAUAGAAAUAACCCACACCCUCUAUUUCAAUUUAUAUGACAUAGUUUGACUUGGCACGGAGUUGAACGAAUUCAUGUUCAUCAACCAAGUAUCACAAUGAUACUAACUUAAUCAACUAAGCGUCCAACAAUUAUGCAUGAUUCUCAAGGAUAUAUAUAUAUAUUCCCAUUGAAGUUGAUUCUCGAUUUUUUACUCCAAUUUAUUCAUUAUAUGAGUUAUGCAGUCUAGUCACUUCAUUAGAAACUCCAAUCGACAUUGGUCCAACAAACCCGACAUUAUUCAUCUUCUUCCUCAGUUUAACCAUAGCUUAAAAAUAAGUCACUUCAAGGCUUUGCUUCGAACUUCAAGUUUUGAAUCUAACUAUGGGUUGAGUAUUUGGAAGGCGUGGUGAAGCAAGCAGUUGACAAUUUCUUUCUUGAAAGUGAAAUCAAAAAGACAUGGGAAAACCCUGAUAUAUUUGAUCUUGUUAAGGAUUAUCUUGACAGUAGUAAUUAAAUUAUAAAUUUGUUCUUCACUUGACUAAUGUCUUGAAUGUGCAUGUAAUAGCCAAUCUGUAAUUCUUGUAACAUUAACAGAGUUUGAGGAUGAUCGAACAUGGCAUCUCCGGCAUCGUUGCCGCUUCCCCGACGCUCUGGAUCCUUUAACUUUAAAUUUCUCAUUUUGCCCUAAAUGUGAUGAUUUAUAGUCUCACAAAUAUUUACGGUUUGUUUAAACCACAAGUUUCAAAAGUCCUUUUUUAUGUGUGGUUCAUUUUAAUGUAUUUUUCACAAUCCUCAUUUGUAGUUUAUGCUUA